GUUAUUGUUUUGCUGCUAAGUAAAUGUAAGUGCACCCAAUACUUUCUGAAAUUAGGUAAGCAGGUUGCGUCCCUCCACAGAGAGAGAGUGCAUUCCAUUCCAACGUCUAUCUAUGGGAUUUCCAUGUGUAGGUGAGAUGCAUGGAGUUCUCAGUUUGGUUUGGAUACUCUUAAGCAUGGUGAUGGUUCUCACAUGUGUCAGACGUCUGGUUGACCCCCCAAAAAACAUUUUAAAACAAAAAUAUUUUCAGCCUUAUAAAAUGUGCAAUUGGGAGUGAAUGUAAUGGGAGUUAAGCACAGAUGACCUGUUUUUAAUCUUGCAGACUUAAAAAUAGAACGUAUGGUCUAGUGCUCUCUCGGAGGCACAUUAAUCCACUGGGCCAUCAGAGAGAGGGGUGGUGGGGGGGCGCUUUUUAAGAUGAAUGUCCAUGUCAAAUGAUCGUGGGUUCCUCUCCUGGACUGUUUCUUUAAUUUAAGAGGCCAUUGUGUUUGUUUAGUGAAUUGAAUUUUGUGGAUACUUGGUACCUUUCAAAGAAUAAGACUGUUCCUGCUGAACUAACUCAAUGUCUUUCUACCAGUUUACGAGGCAGUUGGGGGUGUUGCCCAGCUGGCAGUUUGGAGAUGUCUUCGGAAUGGAUCCUGAGCUUCUGAGUAUGGUGCCAAGACCCGUCUGUUCAAUUCUUCUGCUUUUCCCUGUUACAGAAAAGUAUGGAACCUUCAGACAAGAAGAGGAAAGUAAAAUAAAAUCCAUGGGGCAAGAGGUCAGUCCGCAAGUUUAUUUCAUGAAGCAAACGAUCAGCAACGCCUGUGGCACUGUCGGCCUUAUACAUGCACUGGCUAAUAACCAAGAUAAACUGGAAUUUGAAGCCAAUUCUGCUAUAAAACAGUUUCUGGAUCGUUCAAGUGACAUGACUCCUGAAGAAAAAGCAAAAUAUCUAGAAAAGGAUGAGAGUAUUCGUGUUACACAUGAGUCCAGUGCUCAGGAAGGACAAACCGAGACACCAAGCUUAGAUGAGAAAGUAGACUUACAUUUUAUAACAUUUGUAAACAUUGAUGGACACCUGUAUGAACUAGAUGGACGUAAACCAUUCCCAAUAAAUCAUGGACAAACAAGUACUGAUACGUUCUUAGAGGACGCAGUAGAAAUUUGCAAGAAGUUUAUGGAACGUGAUCCUGGCGAGUUGCGGUUUACGGUGGUAGCACUCUCCAAGGCAUAAGCUGUUGCAAUUUGACGGAAAAGGAGCUGUUGAACUAAAUAUGGAUUGACAUUUUACUUGUAUUGCCAUACUCCAAUGUCAGAGCUUUUGAUAUUUUCAAUUUGAUUUCAUUCACAUUAAAACCCGUCUAGAAUAUGUCCACUAUCUUUAGAAUUUAAAAACAACAAAGUGUCAAUUGCUAUUUUGUCUUAACUUUAAAACUGCAUUCCCCAAAUUUUGUUGAUAAUCCAUAUCAGUCUAUGUAUCCUGUGACAACCGGAGAGCAGGAGAAAUUCAUUUGGAAGGGAUAAAGCAUAGAAGGCUCUUGCUGAGUUCACAUUCACACCUUCCAAUCACUAACUGGGGAAGAAAUGGGCUUUUCACAUAGCUGGAAAGCUCUGUGUGCAAGUAAAUCAUGCUCCUUGGGUUAUAAAUAUGUUCAAUAAAUUUACAAAAUUGUU